UAAUUGGAGCGUGCCAGUCAGUGGCAAGACAAGCCAGCCAGCCGCAGCCGCCAUCGCCGUAUCGGCUCGGCUCGCCGAAGCCGCGAGGGUACGGAAAUAGCGACAGCGCAUCACUGCACCCACCCUCCAUCAUCACCAUCACCUACUUCAAUUGCUGCAAUGUCAUUCUGCAUUUAUUCUACUUACAGUUUCCAUUGCAAUCUUCUGCUCUGCUCUGCGUCGGCAAAUCCCCACACAACACCAGAAUCACGACUUCGAAGCUCGUUUUGAUCUUACCCUCCCUGGAUCGGCAAUGCCAAACCUAGCUCAACAACAGCUGCGCACAAUUUGGUCCUUCCAGAAAAAUGUAGGGGGUUUCGUCAGUGGUAUCUGCUGAAUUUUGGAGUUAGGGCUUGAGGAUAGAAUUCUGAGAAUGUCUCAUUUUGGGGAAAUAGCGAAUGUAGCGCAACUGGCAGGGCUCGACGCCGUGAGGCUGAUCGGAAUGAUCGCAAAGGCGGCGACCACAGCCAGGAUGCACAAGAAGAACUGCCGGCAGUUCGCGCAGCACCUGAAGCUGAUCGGCAAUUUGUUGGAGUCACUCAAGGUUUCCGAGCUCAGAAAGUAUUCCGAGACUCGGGAGCCAUUGGAGCAGCUCGAGGAUGCGUUGAGAAGAUCUUACAUUUUAGUAAACAGCUGCCAGGACCGCAGCUAUCUCUACCUCCUUGCAAUGGGAUGGAACAUUGUUUACCAGUUCCGGCAGGCGCAGAUCGAGAUCGAUCGGUAUUUGAAGAUCAUCCCGCUGAUUACACUCGUUAACAAUACUCGGAUUCGGGAACGGCUGGAGAUGAUCGAAAGGGACCAGCGCGAGUACACAAUGGACGAUGAGGACAGGAGGGUGCAAGAUGUGAUCCUCAGGCGUGAACACUCGCAGCACGACACCAUUGUUUUGAAGAAAAGCCUUUCUUGUUCAUACCCGAACAUGCCGAUUAAAGAAGCCAUACAAAAGGAGAGCGAGAAGCUUCAAUUGGAACUGCAACAUUCACAAGCUAAUCUAGAUGUCGGCCAGUGUGAAGUAAUUCAGCAUCUGCUUGAGGUCACGCACGCCGUCAACUCAAAUUCUUCCCCGGACAAAACCUCGCCCGUCAAAGAAUCAAAGGUUAAGCACUUUUAUGUCGACCCCAGCCAUGAUAAAUCGUACAGUGAUAGAAACUACACUAAGGGCAGCAAUAAACGGGAAGCUUCAGGGCGUGAAUUGCCAUUGUCGAAAGCUUCACAGGAAGAAUGGCAUUCAGAUUUACUUGGCUGCUGCUCCGAAUCUCUUCUUUGUGUAAAGACACUAUUUUUCCCUUGCGGCACAUUUUCGAGAGUUGCUUCUGUGGCAACUAACAAACAAAUCUCGCCGGGAGACGCCUGCAAUGAUUUGAUGGCGUACUCGUUAAUAUUGUCCUGCUGCUGCUAUACUUGUUGCAUCAGAAGGAAACUUCGGACGAUGCUAAACAUCCGGGGCGGCGCAAUCGACGACUUUCUCUCCCACCUAAUGUGCUGCUGCUGUGCUCUUGUCCAAGAAUGGCGAGAAAUCGAGAUUCGCCAAGCUGAAGGUUCGAGAACCAGUCCGCCGACUGUACAGUGUAUAGAAUACUAAGGUGUUUAGGUCGCUGGUUGCCCCGGAAAUGAGUUUCUUGUGCAUUGCGAUGUGCUGGUCGAGGUCACUGGUGGCUGUUUUCGAUUCCAGGUACUAUUAUGUUCUUGCUUGAGUUCAUCUUUUCUGUACAGUAAAUUGAUUUAGGCAGAAAAAUAGCCAACAGAUGUUUAUAGCUCGAAACAUAUUCUGCAUUCUCUCUUGAGAUU